AUGAGCCACAACCUUGCGCAAUGCCAGACUCUUGUGCGAAAGGCCGUGACAGCUGGUGCAAAAGCCCUGUUCCUCCCUGAAGCCUCCGACUAUAUCGCGUCGUCCCCGACCGAGUCUGUAAGCUUGUGUCAACAUCCUUCGAAGAGCCUCUUUGUCCGCGGUCUGCAGCAGGCAGCUAAGGAGAAUGCACUGGCCAUAAACGUUGGAGUUCACGAACCCACUGAUCCCCCGUCUGGGAGAAUAAAGAAUACCCUGAUAUGGAUCAACCAAGGAGGCGAUAUCGUGCAUCGCUAUCAGAAGCUCCACGUGUUCGACAUAGACCUCCGGCCAAAUGGCCCCAAAAUUAGAGAGAGCGACUCCACCGAGCCUGGACCCGAAGUCGUCCGUCCCUACCAGACACCCCUGGGCAAUGUUGGCAGUUUGAUUUGCUUUGACCUGCGUUUCCCUGAGCCUGCCCUGCGGCUUCGUCGAUGGGGAGCAGAGCUUAUCACUUAUCCCUCGGCCUUCACUGUCCCAACGGGAAAAUCACACUGGGAGAUCUUGUUACGGGCUCGGGCAAUCGAGACACAGAGCUGGGUUAUUGCCGCUGCACAAUGCGGCCGUCACAACGAGAAACGAGUCAGCUAUGGCGAUACCAUUGCAAUAUCCCCCAACGGCGAGAUUACUGGUCGGUUAGAUCAUGUGGAUGACAUUGACGGAGAGAAAGAAGGUGGCCGUGAUCCCGAAAUCCUGGUUGUAGAUAUCGACCUGGAUAUUUUAAGAAACAUUCGGCGAAUGAUUCCACUCCCCAGACGGACAGAUGUAUACCCAGAACUAUAG